UACUCGAGGAUCGGGACAACGAGUGACCAGGACAGUGUGGUGAUAUAGGUGGAGAGAGAAGGUUACUGCUCUUGCUUCAGGGGACUUUGGUUUAAUGCAGAGCUGAAAUGAAAUAGUUUCAGGGGUGGUAAAUUUAGAAAGCUGGGUCAGUUUUCUCUCCGUGUCACACCACUGGUUACAUUUUAAAAUAAAAGCUCAAUGGAAAUGGAGGGGGAGGUAAAAACAUGAGUCUGUGUGCUGUUGAAGUGGAGGUUUUAAAUCUGGACUUUAAACCUAGAAUCGGGAGCCAAGGAACGAGCCUGGCCUUGCGCUCCUCCAACUCCUUGUAGACGCCAGGGUUGGCUUUGCGGACUUGUUUACUGCACCAUCUGGACACCGGGACAAGCAGAGCCCUAAGCCCUACAGUCAGCGUCCGGUUCUUGCUCCAACUCCCUUAGCGCGCUAAACCCUCCCCGGGGAGGGGGUCUUCUUUCCCCCACAUCUAGAUCCUGCAGCCCUUGCGCCCACAAACGGAUAGAACAACCUCAUUCUGCUCACCGAAGGAAGGCGCGGGGCUCGGGCUUGCAGAGGGCCAGCAGCCAAGUCCAGCUGUCGCCCUGUAGGUCCCCGACAAUCUCUGGCCAGCCCCCCUCUCCAAGCCCCUUUGCUUUGCAUGAGAAGGAGCCCAGCUGGGGUGAGGGCAGGCGGGGCGGGGCAGCCACCUGGGACUCGGGCCGCUAUAGAUUCCAGAAAGCGGCGGUUGGGUGGAGGACUCUAGCUGCGAGCGCGCUGGGACAGCUGGGGGAGGCGGGCAGCGCCUGCUAGACCGGCCCUUCCUCCGGGUCUUCACCGAACUCGGCGGGCUAGGAGGCGCUCCGAGUCCGCCGUGUGGGAAACGAGGACCCGGCGCCACGCUGUUCUUAGCGCCUCCGAGGGUGCCAGUAUACUGGGUCCCCGUCGGUCGGCUUGCUCCUGGAAGUGUCAGGUAGGCAGGGAGAGCGCGAAGCCAAGUCCGAGCCCGCAGAGCCCGCCUGCUAGGUAGGAAAACCGCAUUCUCCAUCGCCUGCGCUGCCUGGAGCUCAGGCCUGGGAAACGCCGGCGAAGGGAGACCCCUGCUCUGCCCUGGCCCGCAGCAGGGAGCCCGCACCCAGGUGUGUAGGUGCGACAAGGUGCGGUGACUGCAUUAGGAGCCGGGCUCCCCGAGGUCCGGGCGGGGCGGAAGGCCAAGGAGGCGCGCGGGCGGCCUCGGCGGCUUCGGUUUCCAAUGAAAAGGAGCGCUGGCGACGAGGCAGGCGCUGCCCGCUGGCCUCGGGGUUGCAGGGGCGUUGGCAGAGCUCCAAAUCCCACCGAACGCGUGCCAAACUCGCUGCCGCGCCUUCCCAGUUCGUUCGAAGAGGGUAAUCUAUUUGAAGAGCCAGAUUCCCCGCCAGCCCGGGUUCCUUGCAAGUGCGUUUUUGGCGCAUUUUCCUUAACGAAGUCCCGACCCCCGCGUGAAAGGCUUCCCUUGCCUAGCGAAGAAGAUUGAAGGACAGUUCCAAAACACCAGCUAACCCUGGCUGGCCGCUCUCCUUUAAUUCCAUCCGCACUAGAGGCGUUAAACCCUCCCAACACACACCCCGAAUAAGAAAUGGGGAGCAAGUAUGGGACCCCCCAGCCCUGUCGCUUUCAAAGUCUAGAUGGGAAAAAUCUGGGUUAAGCCUCGAAAAGUGCUGUCAAAACGGAAUAGGGGGGUUGACCUGAGGGUGCCAGGGAACCAGUGACUCUUGGAUGUCGGGUUCUCAGGGCUCGGAUCCGACCCCCACGUCUAGGUAAAUCCGCCCCGGCGGGCGUGAGUUUACACCCGGAGGGACUUAGGAUGUUUGUGUCACCUAAGGCGUGACCUCUGGAAGGUAUGGUCGGCGGUUGUUUGGGGACAACCUAAAGCCUGGAGAAGGGAAGCCUGGAAGCUGGGAUACACACUGCCAGGGCAUUGCACACGUCCAUCUAGUGCGGCCCCUCUGUGUCGCCACCGGGAACUUCCUCCUCCUGCUUCCCCCUUUGCCACUACCACCGCCACACCCAGCUGCCGGAGUCCCGCGGCUUUCCGCCUCGUCGUUUGUUUUUGUUUGUAAAAGGUGUCUCCGGAUCACAAUUUUCUCACAACUUCUCGCCAGGGUUGCAACGCCUCACCCGAGGCGCUUCCCCACCCUCUCCUUCCCCCACCUCGGCGCCGCGCCUCCGGCCUCCCCCUCCCCCACCAGGAAACAGCUGGAGUCAACUUUCCGAGCGCCGCGCCGCAGCGGGAGACCGACACCCAGAUCUCCUAGACACCCGGACCCUGCGGACUUUGGAUGCAUUGGGGGAGGGUGCUCAGAGAGAGGGACGGGUGGAGGGAGAUUCAGCCGCCAAGCGCUCCCUACCUCUCCAAGGACUGGCUCUGUGCUUGGGGCAAAACUUUCAGGCAAAGGAGCAAGAGAGAAAUAUGCCAACACCCACUGAACUGCAAAGCCAAACAGUGCACCAGCGCCUCCCGGGUUUCUGGACCCGGUUGCACCCCAACCUUAGACCUGCUUGAUCUAGGAUCGCCCUACUUUCCCGCAGAACUCUGGCCUCCGGAAGCGCCUAUUCUGGCUCUCUUUCAGUCCUUCUCACCGAAACCGACGCCUUACCCGAGUAGGAGGGGGCCAGGCACCUCGCCGCUCGUCGCCCGCGCCGCGCGGGGCCGCGGGUGCCGCCGCCACUGAUCCUCUAAACGCGGUCUCCCCGCACUCUCCCCGGCCGAGGGAUGCAGAAUGGUUUACAGAGGGACCGCGAGGCGCUGAUUGGUCGCAGGCCGUCGUGACGUCGGCGGGCGCUGCAUUAAGGCGAGGGGGCUUCCACAGCUCAGCCAACAGCCAGGAGCAGUGACCGAGCCGCUGGAGCUGGGGAGAGACGCGCGGGGCGGCGGACUGGGCCAGGAAGACCAGGAGCCGAGGGACGCGGGCCCAGAGAGAGCCAGCAAGGAGCUGCAGCCCGGGUGGCGAGAGCGGUGGUCCACGCCGAACUGUUCCAGACGCUGGCUUACUGUAGCUGCUGCGCCAGGACAUUAUUUUAAAGCUUUCCAAGCUGCCCCCUCCCCCCGACUCCUCUCGCUGCAAAAGGGAAAAAGAGAGAAAGAAGGAGACUAGAAAGGAAAUCCAGAUUUGCCACCACAACGAGAAAAGAGGGGGAAAAGGAAAAGGGAAGAAAGUCGAGCGCCUGUGGGGCUGGACGCAGGCAGCCGGAUCGUGGGCCGAGCGAUGCGGGGCUGUGCGUCCAGGCAACCGCGAGUUGUGACUGGAGCCACCAUGCACGGCCAGGCGCGGUGAAGAGCCUCCCCCAAGGAGUCCAGGCGCAGGGAGGGCCGCCCCGAGGACACGGAGGCCGCCUGGCAGGCCACUGGCCGAGACCAUGGUGCACUGUGCCGGCUGCAAAAGGCCCAUCCUGGACCGCUUCCUCUUGAACGUGCUGGACAGGGCCUGGCAUGUCAAGUGCGUCCAGUGCUGUGAAUGUAAAUGCAACCUGACCGAGAAGUGCUUCUCCCGGGAAGGCAAGCUCUACUGUAAGAACGACUUCUUCAGAUGUUUCGGUACAAAAUGCGCAGGCUGCGCGCAGGGCAUCUCCCCUAGCGACCUGGUGCGGAGGGCGCGAAGCAAAGUGUUUCACCUGAACUGCUUUACCUGCAUGAUGUGUAACAAGCAGCUUUCCACCGGUGAGGAGCUCUACAUCAUAGAUGAGAACAAGUUUGUCUGCAAAGAGGAUUACCUAAGUAACAGCAGUGUCACCAAAGAGAACAGCCUCCACUCGGCCACCACGGGCAGUGACCCCAGUCUAUCUCCGGAUUCCCAAGACCCAUCGCAGGACGAUGCCAAGGACUCAGAGAGUGCAAAUGUGUCUGACAAGGAAGGGGGCAGCAAUGAGAAUGAUGACCAGAACUUGGGCGCCAAGCGGCGGGGACCUCGAACCACCAUCAAAGCCAAGCAGCUGGAGACAUUAAAGGCUGCCUUUGCCGCUACACCGAAGCCCACACGACACAUCCGUGAGCAGCUGGCACAGGAGACCGGCCUCAACAUGCGAGUCAUCCAGGUCUGGUUCCAGAACCGGCGCUCCAAGGAACGGAGGAUGAAGCAGCUGAGCGCGCUGGGCGCUCGGCGCCACGCCUUCUUCCGCAGUCCUCGCCGGAUGCGGCCACUCGUGGACCGCCUGGAGCCGGGCGAGCUUAUCCCUAACGGCCCCUUCUCCUUCUACGGAGAUUACCAGAGCGAGUACUACGGCCCCGGCGGCAACUACGACUUCUUCCCGCAAGGCCCGCCGUCCUCGCAGGCCCAGACGCCCGUGGACCUUCCCUUCGUGCCGUCGUCCGGGCCGUCCGGGACGCCCCUGGGCGGCCUGGAGCACCCGCUGCCGGGCCACCACCCGUCCAGCGAGGCGCAGCGGUUCACCGACAUCCUGGCGCACCCCCCAGGGGACUCACCCAGCCCCGAGCCCAGCCUACCCGGGCCUCUGCACUCCAUGUCGGCUGAGGUCUUUGGGCCCAACCCGCCCUUCUCGUCGCUGUCGGUAAACGGCGGGGCGAGCUACGGGAACCACCUGUCCCAUCCCCCCGAAAUGAACGAGGCGGCCGUGUGGUAGCGGGAUCCUGCGCGGUCCGCGGAGCUCGUGGUUGUACAGAAAUGAACUUUUAUUUAAGAAAAAGAGAAAGAGAGAAAAAAACAUAAAAAAGCAAGCCACCUGCCCCACUUCCUCCAGCCUCGGGGACCAUUCGCGAUCUGGGAAACCGGAUGGGAAAGGGGGACACAAAGUAGAAUCCAAAACCGCCUCGAGGUCGGACUGGGAUCUAGGCACUGGCUGGCAAGGUGCAGAACUGGAGCUCCCGAAGGGAAAUACAGAGCUCUCCCCACCUCCCACCUGGACCCGAUCCGUGGACAGACUCUGCGGACAAGUGGCCGGCCCGGCGCUCGGCGGAAAGGCCUCGUGACAGCCGCGGGCGAGCACGGUGAUCGGCAUCGGAGUCGCCCGGAGCC